AUGAUUGAUUAUUCUUAUUUAGCUCCACCAUAAGAGGCCAAUAAUAUUGUUCACUCUAGUAGAGAAUUAAAUUUUGAUUUUUAGAUGAUUAUAUCAAACAUUAAGAGUAAGAGUAGGGAGUUAGGAAAAUCUAUGAAACAGUUGUUUAUGAUAAGUUUGAAAUGGAAAAGGUGAAAGAACUAAAGGAGGAGAUAAAAUAAUAGAAAAUAUUACUAAAUUCUGAGUAAAAAUAUCUGAAUAUAGGUUUAGUUGGAAGGAAAGUGAUUAUUUAAGAAUGUGUUAUGCAGGAAGAUUUGAUAAAAAAGAAGUGAUAAAAGUAUACUGUUAUUUAUAAAAAAGAAACUACUAUAACAUAUAGCUUGGAGACGUACAAAGAUUCAUCAUGAAAUUAAUUCUAAUUCAGAGUAAUUUUUUAAGGAAGGAAUUUGUUAUCUUUUGGGUAGAGAUAAAUAAUUUAGACCAAUAAUUAUUCUUAAUGCUCAUUUAAUUGAUUAAAAAAAAGUAAAUCAUUCAAUUACUAUAUUGUAAGCAUGAUAAGGAAUAAAUCUUUAAAGCUUUAUCAUUUCUUUUGGGUAUAGUAAAAAAAUAUAUGUUAAUUCCAGGAAAGGUUGAAAAUUGGAUAUUUUUAUUAGAAACUAAUAAUAUUGGAUGUUAAGGUUUAUAAUAAAAAAUCUUGGAAGUAUUAAUAGAUGAUUUGAGUACUAAUUUCUCAGGUUAUCUUGAAAGAAUGUUUGUUUUAAAUCCUUCAAGUGGAAUCAAUUUUUUAUGGAAAUAAAUUAAAACAUUUUUGAAUCCAGAGACUAUUAAUAAAAUUAGUUUUCUAUAAUAAAAAGAAUUUAAAUAAUUAUAAGAAUUUAUUGAACCAAAUUAAUUAGAAUAGAAAUUUGGAGGUAGUCAAUUAAAUCUCAAAAAAUUUUGGUAUUAUAAAUAUAUUUCAUAAUAAGGCCACCUUAUAAUUUGGAUUUGUAAGAUGGAUAUACAAAGAAUAAUAAUGGAGGUAAUUAAAAAUUAGAUUUGAGAUUUUAAAAUAUAGAAGAAGAAGAAGAAAAUGAUCCAUAUGAUUAGGUAGAUUUUAAUUUGAAUAUUUUUAUGAAAUAGUAAUAACAAAUUUACUAUGUUGUUUCUAAUAAGACAUAAUAAGACAUUAAACAAGAUAACAAAGAUGAAUAGGAAUUAGUUUAGAAUUCUUAAGAAUAAUUAAAAAAAGAAGAUCCUUAAUUAGAAUCUUAAUAAAAUAAUUAAAAAAUUAUUUUGGAUGAACCUGAAUAACCAGAAUUAUAAUAAUAAAUAAUUCAUAAAGAAGAAGAAAAAAAAUAAAAUAUUCUAUAGACCAAUUAAAUUAAAGAAAGUACUGAAUAAGUUAUUCUAACUGAAAGAUAAAAAAAUUGUUAAUAAUUAGUGAAUGAUACAGAACAAAAUAAAUUAUUGACUCAUGAUGAAUAAGGUUUUAAUUCAUCUGGAAAUAAAUUAAAUGAAGAAAGUCAUGCAGAAAAUAUGAUAAUUUAACAAGUAGAUCCUGUUAAUAAUAAUAAAGGAUGUUGUUCCAAUUGUGAAAUAUUUUGA